AUGAAGGAAGCCCAAGACAGACAAAAGUCAUACGCUGGCGUCCGACGCACCGACUUACAAUUUCAAGUCGGCGAUAAAGUUUUUCUCAAAGUAUCCCCGUCGAAAGGGAUAACGCGUUUUGGUGUUAAAGGAAAGUUGAAACCGCGUUUUAUCGGACCUUAUGAAAUUCUUGAAGAAAUAGGACUCGUAGCCUAUCGAGUGGCGCUACCGCCAAGCCUUGGGAACGUGCACAACGUGUUUCACGUAUCGCAGUUGCGAAAAUAUGUGUUCGAUCCGAAGCACGUGAUUCACUACGAAGAAGUCGCGUUGAAUUCCGACUUGAACUACGAAGAGAGACCCCAGAUGAUCUUGGACCGAAAGGUUCAGAAUUUGAGAAAUAAAACCAUUGCUAGCGUUAAAGUACUAUGGAAAAACCACAAAAACGAAGAAGCCACGUAG